CCCUCCCCUCCUCAAGCAACAGGUGUUCGACCCUCCUGCCUCCUCGCUGCGGAGGCGCGAGCAAUACUUGUCAUAUUGCGGGGCUGGCUGCGGGACUCAAAGCUCCACCGCAUCGGGAUCUCGGCUGCAGCAGCAAAUGUCCAGUUGACUGCCGAGAAUGCCCUCAAUCUCUCGCGCCGUCUAACGGUCGCGGUGCUCGCAGGCCGGCGCCAGCUUUUGGUUGCGAGGUUUCCCUCGAACGUGCGGUUUACGAAUACGAAUUUCGAAUCUUCGCCGCCGCUCGCCGCCUUUGGUCGUAUAUAACAGGCACUCGCAGCGUCAUAUCUUCUCGGGCUCUUUGAGGAGGUAUUGAAUUGCUGCCAAUUUCGCAACAAUGGGCUGGGCUCUCGCUUUGCACGGCGGUGCCGGUCGCAUCUCGAAGAGCUCCAUCUCCCCAGCUGCAAGAGAAGCCUCCGAAACGGUCCUUCAAGAGUUUUUAGAUGCAGGGUGCGCCGCGCUUUCUGAGGGCAAAUCAGCUCUCGACGUCGUGGAGCUUGUGGUGAGGUUGCUUGAAAACUGUCCUCUAUUCAACGCGGGAGUUGGUGCGGUGCUGACACAAAGGGGCACAGUGGAGAUGGAGGCGAGCAUAAUGGACGGCGCCACUCGGAAAAGCGGAGCUGUCUCAGGCGUCUCGACGGUUGUCAAUCCCAUAUCUCUGGCUCGAUUGGUUAUGGAGAAGACUCCUCACGUCUACCUUGCAUUCGAAGGCGCCGAGGCUUUUGCGAAAGAUCAGGGUGUGGAGACUAGAGACGAGAGCUAUUUCAUCACCCCGGGAAACAAAGAACGACUGGCCAAGGCGCUGGAAGCUGGACUGGUUCUGUUGGACCAUAGCGUAUCGACCGAUGGACCUGAACAUGGAGGUUCCCGCGAAGUUCUUCAAGCGGAUGGACAUUCCGGACGGGAUUAUCCUUAUGCGAAUGGGCACGCUGCAAAUGGGCAUCCAAUAGCUGCGGGAGCUGAAUUCGAAACCGUAGGGUGUGUAGCAGUGGACAUCAAUGGGCACUGCGCAGCAGCCACUUCUACGGGUGGGCUUGUGAAUAAAAUGGUGGGUCGAAUUGGAGACACGCCUCUCAUCGGCGCUGGUACUUACGCCAAUGAGUUCUGUGCAGUCUCCACGACUGGCAAGGGAGAGGAAAUCAUACGAUGCCUUUGCGCCAAAGAAGUAGCGUCAUUGAUGGAGUACAAGUACCUGCCCCUGAAGGAAGCCACAGACACCGUUAUAUGGAAAAAGCUGGGUGAGGGAAACGGGGGGUUGAUCGCCGUUUCUAGCACCGGAGAAGUGGCCAUGACUUUCAAUACUUUGGGUAUGUUUCGGGCGUGUGCUACAGAGGACGGCCACCGCCAGAUAGGAAUAUGGAAAGAUGCAUGUUACGACGAUGAUUGUCCUAGCAACGGAAAUGGCUCUACGAAAUCCUCUGCCGUAGUCGUAUUCGACGAAAAUCACCACGGCCUUCUGAGUAGCAGUAAUAGUAAUAGCGACAACGAGCUAUCACAAGACUUGAACGAGCCGAGAGGGAACCACCAAACCAAAUGCCCUACAGGAGAGAAAUUUGUUUUGUGGAGGGAGGGACUGGAUCAACAUAUGACAGUGGAAAUGCCGAUCUCGCCCAUGGACAAACCUUGCAGUAAGACGGCAUCAAAAUGAUGUCCGACGCUGACGUCUCCUCACUCAUCCUUCAACACCGAUAUUCGCUGAAUUUGUCAGGAAGCGUGACAGGUGUUGCCUGUUCCAAGUUCCUCGGAGGGCUUUCUCCUACGAGAAGGACAAGUCAAGCUGGGGCCGUACUAGACGUAGGGAUAGUUCAGGAUGUCCAAGUCCUUUAACUUUUACAUGUACCUGCAUGAAUUCGGAAUCCAUGUACCCCUUGAAGUAGGCCGAGCUUGGUAGGGGCCAACCAAUAUGGGGAUCCAUGUCUUACACCAAACCUUGCCCCUCGUUCACUAUAACCCUGUAACACUGAACGAGGGGCGUCGAGUAAUAAAGCAACGACGAUGCGAAGACCCCGUCUAAUCGCACAGGGAUGAAACCAAACGGAUGACACGGGGCCCCAUUGUGUGUUAGUGCUAAAUUUGUGGUCCUUCCUUAUGGCCAGCCUUUUUCUGUUGUUAUCUUCAUAGCACCCGAAUCAUCGUCGCAUAUUCUUCACUUCAAAUGAAAAUCCAUUUCCAAACAUGACAUUGUCUGUAGAAUGGUAUGUCUUUUCAUGCUCGGGACGUACUGCUCAAGGUCUCAGAUCCUCGAUACGGUCAAAGAAAAAUAGAAUCAUUGAACAGAAACACCCGAUAAUAACGCAUGGACCCCGUCUGUUACUCACCCUCUUAAGCCUCAUGAUGGAAAGCGCUGAGGUCAAUAGGAUAUAAAAAUGAAUGGAAAAUGCCAUAAACCCGAGGAACGAACAAAAUAAACGGGAGACCAAGGUCUACUACCAUUGGGGGAUGGUGGAGUAUUUGCUC